AGACGUCAAGUUUUUCAAAAACCUUUCCAUCACUUCCUUUACCUUUUAUCUCCAAUCAACUUUCAGGCACCUUUCUUUAAUAAUGAACAAACAGGGUGGUGUUAAGAUUCUAACUGGUAACAGUCAUCCUGCUCUAGCAUUAGCUGUAGCUCAAAGGCUCGGGAUCUCGCUUUGUGGUUGUAAAGUUAAAAAGUUUUCAGAUGGUGAAACUUCUGUAGCUAUAGAUGAAUCUGUUCGUGAAGAAGAUGUCUUUAUUAUUCAAACUGGGUUUAAUCCAACCGUGGGUCCUGGUACACAAGCGGCCGAUCCAAAUGAUCUGCUAAUGGAACUUUUAAUCUUGAUCUCAGCCUGUAAAACCGCUUCAGCCAAACGAAUCACAGCAGUAAUCCCAUGUUUUCCAUACUCAAGAAUGGAUCGAAAAGACCGAUCAAGAGCUCCCAUCACAGCUAAAUUAGUGGCAAAUAUGUUACAAGUAGCUGGUUGUGAUCAUGUGAUUACUGUCGAUUUACAUGCAUCCCAAAUUCAAGGGUUUUUUGAUAUUCCAGUGGAUAAUCUUUGGACUGAACCUAUUAUUUGUAAAUGGAUUAAAGCUUCGGUUGAAGAUUGGAAAAAUUCAAUUAUCGUUUCGCCUGAUGCUGGUGGUGCAAAAAGGGCUACUACUUUAGCAGACAAAUUAGAUGUGGAUUUCGCCUUGAUUAAUCGAAAAAGAGCACGUAAAGCAAUUCAUAAGACCAAUCAUCAAAAUGGUGUUGAAACUCCAAAUGAAACCACGGAGGAAAAAAAGAAUGAAGAAUUAGGUGAAGAAAAGAUGGAAAUCUUAGUGGGAGAUGUUAGAGGUAAAAAUGCGAUUUUAUUAGAUGAUAUGAUUGAUACGGGUGAAACUUUAUCUUUAGCUGCUAAAGAAUUACAUUCUGCUGGUGCUAAAGCUGUGUAUGCAAUCGUUUCUCAUGGACUUUUAUCUGGUGAUGCAAUGACUAAAUUAGCCGGUUUACCGGUGCUUAGAUUAGUCGUGACUAAUUCGAUUGAUCAAGUUAGACAUUUAGAUCAAGCUAGUGGUCAACUUGAAGUUAUGGAUCUUUCACCUGUUCUUGCUGAAAGUAUUCGUAGAACUCAUAACGGAGAAAGUAUUUCUUUACUAUUUUCUGAUGGUCGAUAAAAACUUUUUCUACAUUUAAGAACUUCAUGAAUGAUAAAAUCGACUCAUUUUAUCUUUAACAACUAUAGAAGCUUUUUCUUUUUUUCUUUUGUUUUUUAAAUUCUUAUAUUUUUCUUUCAAAAAAAGUCAUUGAUGACUUUCAACUCAUUAACUCAUCACUCAUCAUUUCAUCUCCUAAACCCAAAAAAUCCAAACUCUUUUGCUUUCAUAUCUACAUACUUAUUUUUGAUUCAAUUCUAUUAUUAGUUUGAAUUUCUUUUUUCUUAGCAUUUUUCUUUCUGUCUUCAUUUUUUUUUGUGUGGAAAGUGGAAGUUUUGAUUUGUUUAGUAUUUCUUUUUAGAUUCUUUUUCUUUUCUUUUUGGUUUUUAUAUAUAUGCACAUAUGUUAGUAUAGAGUGAAUAGGCGGUUUUGUUGGAGAGAGCAAGAGGAAGAUAUGGAAUGUUUGAGGUUUUCUCUUCAACAGAACAGGAAAGAAGAAAUGACAGACAUCAGAUUCAGGAUUC